AUCCAACCACACCAACUCCACCAUUCACCAAGAAUCCACACUAUACACUUGGUACCGCCUCUUCAGUCUCUGCCCACAAUGCCUCCCCGGAAACGCGCCAAAAUCAGCGCCGCCUCCACUCCCCUCGCCGAAUCCCAACCCAAGACCCCCGUAGAGAGCGGACCAACAGCUGCAUCGCAAGACCGCUCCCCCCAAAACGAGAACCUCCUAAACGACCCAUGGACAGACGGGCAAGAAACUCAGCUCUUCAAGAGCAUGAUUAGAUGGAAGCCCACCGGCAUGCACAAACACUUCCGCAUGCUCAGCAUCCAUAAUUCCCUCUCCACCCACGGCUUCGCCUCCCCCAAUGCCCCCCACACGCGCAUUCCAGGCAUCUGGACCAAACUGCACACCCUCUACGACCUUGCCGCCCUCGACGAGCGCGAGAACGCGUAUACAUUCAAUACAUACCGGGACAGUCCUGGUAGCACUGAGGAAUCCAUCCCUUCCUUUCAGCUUCCCGAAGACGAAUUCGGCGAAGAGAUGUGGGGCCGGAGAUUCGCGGGUCCCGACGACGAGGGCGCUGAAUCGCCCCCAGAGUUCUUGCCGAUUGAGGACGACAGGAAGCUAUACCGGCCUGGGAUAGGGCUACUGAGCGACUUACAUGAUUCCGUAAGGGAGCGGGAGAAAGAGGAGAGUCAAGCAAGCCCGUCGACGCGGCCAAGAGCGGGCACGAGGGGCGGGCGUGGCGCGGCGAAGGGCCGGGCGGGGAAGGCGGUGCAGGUGGCGAAGAGUGCAAAGGCGCAGAGUGCGGUGUCGGAGAGUGCGGAGGAUGAAGAAGAGGAGGAAGAGAGUAGUGAGGAGGCUAGCGAGGAGUCGGAGUCGGAGGAGGCGGCGCCGGCGAAGGGGGCGAGAGGGGGACGGAGAGGGAGGCCGAGUAGGCGGGGGAGGAAGAGAUGAGGAAUCCUAGGGAUAUCUUGGCUCCUUUCUUGUGGUGUGCGAGUCCUAUAUACCCAUAUACCUUCUUUUGAGAGCAAGAGCUAUCUCCUUGAAAGGGGUUUGAUUUCAUAAAACAUACCAAGCUCAUAUCUCAUGUAUUCUUGGUUUAACCAGUGUAUUAGCCUCAUUUUCCCAUCAAUCCCCACACAAAACUACAUCGUUUCUGGACACCCGGUUACAUACUCCCAUCCUCCGAUCCAUUAAGUACGCCAAAAUCCCUGUCAAUCCUCCUCGCAAUCAGAAUCUCUAUCCUUGAAGAAUACACCACGAUCUUCUUUCCAUCCCCUCUUUUCCUG